AUGUUUAUGAAAGUUCCGCCUCAGCACCUCGAAUUGGUUGGCUGUAAAGUCAAUAGCCCUCUCGCGCGGAAAGCCGGCCCGCCCCGGGUGGAUCCCCGGCCUGCGAAGGCUGGCGGCUUGGUAGCUCCCAUUGCUGAAAGGCAGUUGGGAUUGCGACUGGGGAUGUGGUACUGGAAAGAUGAAACCAGAACUCUUGAAUUCAGAAGUUUUACACCUGCAGUGGAACUCAAGGAGAAAGGAAAGAAAGGCAAAGCAAUACACUUUGCUGAAACUGACGGUCCCGCUUCAGACAGGUUGACAGAUAAAAAGUUUGUUUCAAGAGAGGAUAAGUCACCUAAAGCCUUAGAGAAACGAGGUCAGCAGGGCAACGUGACACUACAUGAUGCUAAAUUUGUUGCUUUGUUUUUGCUGCAAGAUACUGAGAUGCAGCGGAUCUGUUCUUUUACAACAUUUAUGAGGAAUAAAAAUCUUGACAAUUUCCUCAUGGCAUUGUUGUACUAUUUAUCUCAUUACUUGGAAAAAAUCUCCCUGGAAAAGAAACCCAAAAGCUAUAUGGUGGGCCUUGUGGAGAAAAAAGAGAUGGAACUGGUUAGAAGUAAAAUAGAGGCAGCACAGAAGUACUUGGCCCAGAAGUACUGCAUGCUCGUGCUGGGCUUGGCCAUGCCUGAUAAGCAUCACAUGUGCUGCGGAAAGGAGAAAAUAUCAGAUACACAAAAAGACUGGAAAUUCUUUGAGUCCUUUUAUACUUUCUGUACAUACGUAGCUUGGAUUGUCUUCCGACGUCAACACUUCACAGAGAUUGAGGAAGAAAUAGGGAGGCUCUUUCGUACCAAUAUGUUCAACAUUCCUCGGAGGAAGCGUGAGGAUGAAGAAUCAGGAGGGGAAAAGAAACGCAUGACUUUUGUACAAUUCAGGAGAAUGAUGGCAAAACGUCCAGCGAUUAAAAAAGCCAUUAACAUGCGCUCUCCAGUCCUGUCUACUCUGCUGCCAUCUCUCAGAGAAAAAGCUCAGAAUGUCUUUGAGAAAAAGAAUCAUCAAGGAGGCAUCAAACUCCCAGCCCAGAUACAAGAGCACACGGAAAAUCUGGAGUCUGUGCCCAUGCCAACAGUUGGCAUCUUGGGGGAGCCUCGAUGUCUGUUCAACCCCCAUACCCUUCUCCCCCUUGAACCAGAAGAAAACACGAAAGCGGAUGGGAAACAUUCUUCCCUGAUAGAAAGAAAUAACAUGAAGAUCCAGGAUACACUGAACAUAGUUCUGAGAACACAGUCGUCUCAAACAGCAUUCCCUAAAUGAUCGGGUACCUUCCAUUUCUGUAAUUCAGUCCCCGUAUUUGAAGUAAACUACUUUGACUUAAUCACUUUAUACAGGACUAAUAUUUAUUGUUAUCAAACAAUUUUAAUUCAAAUUAUUUUGUUAAAAUUUCAGUAGUAGACAAUCUCAGAAACCUCUUGAAAAGCUCAUUUUCCUAUAUUUACUAGUUUGCUGUGUUAUUUAUUUACUUCCUUGGCUUCUGUGUGACUGUUUAGAGUAACAUAUUAGGACAUUUAGCCAGUAUUCUAGUGGACUAGUAAAGAAACAUUCUGUGUUUAUUUGUUCCUACGUUCAUUUUUACUAUAUGAGAGAUGAUGUUUGGGACAUUCGAAAACUAAAUUUUAUAAAAAAGGAAAUUAAAA